UCGGGUGCUCUCGGCUAUUUUCGUUGUUGCUGGCUUUUUCAGGGGCUGCUCGCUCGCAGCCAGAGAAGCUGCUUUUUUUUCCGGGUUCGGAGCCGUUCCGGAUGCUUUAGGCUGCCGGAUGUCUGAUCUCCGGAUAACUGAGGCGUUUCUGUACAUGGAUUAUCUGUGUUUUAGAGCACUCUGCUGCAAGGGACCACCGCCCGCACGACCUGAAUAUGACCUGGUUUGCAUAGGCCUCACAGGCUCUGGCAAGACCAGUCUGUUGUCAAAGCUCUGCAGCGAAAGCCCUGAGAACAUCGUGUCGACCACAGGUUUUAGUAUAAAAGCAGUGCCAUUCCAGAAUGCCAUCUUGAAUGUAAAGGAACUUGGAGGAGCUGAUAAUAUCCGGAAAUAUUGGAGUCGCUACUACCAAGGAUCUCAAGGGGUAAUAUUUGUAUUAGACAGUGCCUCUUCAGAAGAUGAUUUAGAAACUGCUAGAAAUGAACUGCACUCAGCUCUUCAGCACCCACAGUUAUGCACUUUACCCUUUUUAAUAUUGGCCAAUCAUCAAGACAAGCCAGCUGCUCGAUCAGUCCAAGAGGUCAAAAAAUAUUUUGAACUUGAACCCCUUGCACGUGGGAAACGCUGGAUUCUGCAGCCCUGCUCGCUGGAUGACAUGGAGGCACUGAAAGACAGCUUCUCUCAGCUGAUCAAUUUGUUAGAAGAAAAAGACCAUGAAGCUGUAAGAAUGUGAAAUCUGGCAAAGAACACGGGUUCCCAAAGGCCUUGAACCUAUCAUGUUAGUUUUUCAUUUUAUUUUUAUUUUGGUAUCAAGACUUUAAUGGCUUCAGUGUCUCUUUUCCUCUAGUUAUCUCAGACUCUCAUCUCUCUAUUAAAGUGAAUAUUCUGUAAAUCAGGUGAAUUAUCAUCGGCAUUAACGUCAAGUACACACUACUGAGAGAGAAUUUAUUCUCUGUUUACCACUAAUUAUCUUCGCCGCGUGUCUCUUCCUUCUGUUGUUCUAAGUAGCUCUUCUAUACUCUGUGCUAAAGUGGAUGGAAUUCAUGGCUCACAGAAAUCAAAUCCCUUAUGAAGGACUCAGGGAGACUCAGAACCUUGACUCAUUUUCCCUGGGUUUGGGGGUGGAGCGUUAUGUGACUGGGGCUCCUCACUUUAUGUCUAUUGUUUCCAAGAUCUCUUGGGGUUUUUAUUUUAUUUUAUCAUAUUUUAUUCGUGAGUUUUUUUUGUAUACGGGCCUUAUAGAUUAUGAGAGAAAAAUGAGCACCAAAAACUUCAAUGAAUCACCUUAUCAGAGAGGAACGUCCUGCCAAGAUAAAAUUAACGUGGAAGAACUUAAAGACAAGAUGCAUAAUUUCCUUGAUUCCAUCUGAAGUCUCACUCCCCUCUCUUAAGAGCAAAAACUUUCUGUUUUUGAGACGAAAGAGAAUUUAGGCACAAUGCAUGCAUGCAUCACUGAUGACUAUUUCAUCGAGUCCUCAAAUAUUUUUUUAAUGGAAAGAUUCCCCUGCAUAAAGUCAAGCUGCAACAUAACAGAGGUAUCUUUUUCUAAAAAUCUUAGUGUCUGACUGAAAGAGAGAAGAUGAUUUUUAAAAUAAUAGAUAAAAAUUUUAAAAACAGCCAAAUGAAGUAUAGUUUAUACUGACGAGGGUUUAAGCUGGCAUGGAUUUGACAAAGAAAACAAAGACAGAAUCAUCUGUAUAUUCAUUCAUUAAGUGCUAAUGGAGUUUAACAGAGUCUCUUGAUUGUCUCCAACGAGUAAUUAAAGGUCUAUCAGUAUUCCUAUUAUAAACCUCUAUUUUCAGGGGUUUCACUGUGCCCUUAAAAAAAUGUGCUGGGGCUGCAGCAAAUCAUUUUAGGGCCUAGAUUCAGUCUUUGGGACUCUUUUUUUUUUUUUCAUUUAAUUUAAAUGAUAAAAUUAUGUAGAGAUAAAUGUGCAGUUUUACUAAGGUUUGGCACCACUGACCUUUUCUAAAUCAAGAAUAAUCUAUGGAUAUUGAAGUUUAUGGAUGUAAUAAUCUUUGGCACAUUUUGUAGACUUUUGACCACUUCAAACACAAAAUGGCCAAAUGAUAGAAAACUGCUCCUUUCACCUGAGCAAUAAAAACAUGUUUGUAAUUUUUAGGUAGCACAGACUGGUUCUCAAAUACCACAGACUCUCACUGUAUUACACGGUGAUGUAAUACCUUGUAAUUCUCCAGAAGAUAUACAUCAUUCAAAUACAGCUUUUGUGGUUUAAUCUUGUAGGUGGAUUUUAAUGAAAUCAUUACCUUUGAAACAUCGACCACUUCUUUAAGCUUACCCCCCCCUUGCUCCCCCGUGGAAUGGAUCCAAAAAGGUGCAUAUUCAAUCUUGUCUCCAGCGUCCUUGAAUAUUUUUCACUGUGUAAUCCGCGAGCAGCACAAAACUUUUCUUCCGAUGACCAGUUACACAAUCCCUGCUUUCAUUUUUGUUCUGUUGCGCUCAUCUUCUAUGACAAAUGAUUAUUAGGCAUUGCUUUCUCGGCAAGUUCAUUAAAUGUAGAAUGUUGUCUUUUUAAGACCUGGUGGCUGAGUGCUCCUUAGCCAUCUGUUUAAUGACUUCCCGUUGUCUGUGUGUGUGUGUGUGUGUGUGUUCAUGUGUGCGCCAGUGAUGGGCUUCUUCUCAGACCCACGACUGUCUGCAGUGUCUCAGCCGUCAGAAUGAAAACAUUAUCAAUCAGUACCCAACAACAGCUGUUUUUGACAAGUUUCUGUCUGACGCCUAAUGCUUUACAACUGUCAAUAAGGCUCCUUCUUUGUCUGGCAGUUCGGAGCUGGCCGUCUUGCUGCUUCCGAGCGGCAUCCUGUCCUUGUAACCCUAGAAUUGGCCAUGUUUUGGAAAU